UGGCUGUGGCCGUCUUCCAGAUGCUUCAUAGCUUCUCCUUCCACGCUUCCAGCGUACAGCAAGUAAGCCUGCCUGAUCUACUCGCAGUGUCUUGUUGUACGUACGGGCACGGGCACGGCCAUGGCACGCCCGCUACACUUCGUCCUGGUGCCGCUCCUGGCGCAGGGCCACGUGAUCCCCGUGCUCGACCUGGCGCGCCUCAUCGCCGGCCGCGCCGGCGCGCGCGCCACCGUCGUCCUCACGCCUGUCACCGCCGCGCGCAGCAGGGCCGUCCUGGACCACGCGCUCCGCGAGGGGCUCGCGGUCGACCACGUCGAGCUCCCGUUCCCGGGGCCGCCGCUGGGGCUGCCCGAGGGGUGCGAGAGCCACGACAUGGUCAGGGAGAUGUCCCAUUUCACGCUUUUCUACGACGCCGUCUGGCUGCUCGCCGCCCCGCUGGAGGCGUACCUCCGGGCGCUGCCGCGCCGGCCGGACUGCCUCGUCGCCGACACCUGCAACCCCUGGACGGCCGACGUCGCGCGCCGGCUUGACAUCCCACGGUUCGUCUUCCACGGCCCGUCCGCGUUCUUCCUCCUGGCGCAGCGUAGCCUUGCCACGCACGGCGUCCACGACGACAGCGCCGCCGGCGACUUCGAGCCGUUCGAGGUGCCGGAGUUUCCCGUGCGCGUCGUCACCAACAAGGCGACGUCGCUUGGGUUCUUCCAUUUUCCGGGGCUGGAGAAGCAAAGGCGUGAGACACUGGACGCCGAGGCCACCGCCGACGGCUUCGUCUUCAACACGUGCGCGGCCUUCGAGAGCGCCUACAUCAAGGGAUACGGAGAGGCGCUCGGCCGGAAGGCGUGGGCGGUCGGGCCGCUCUGCCUUCUGGACCUCGACGCGGAGACGACGGCCGGAAGAGGCAACCGCGCGGCCGUCGACGCCGGCUUGGUCGUCUCCUGGCUUGACGGCCGGGCGCACCAGUCCGUGCUCUACGUCAGCUUCGGCAGCAUGGCCCGCCUCUUCCCGUCGCAGGUCGUCGAGCUCGCCGCCGGCCUGGAAUCGUCGAAUCGGCCGUUCAUCUGGGUGACCAAGGAGACCGACGACCUCGACGCCGGGUUCGAAGAGCGCGUGGAGGGCCGCGGCCUGGUCAUCCGCGGGUGGGCGCCGCAGAUGACCAUCCUGUCGCACCCGGCGGUGGGCGGCUUCCUGACGCACUGCGGGUGGAACUCCACGCUGGAGUCCAUCUCCCACGGCGUGCCGAUCCUGACAUGGCCGCACUUCGCCGACCAGUUCCUGAACGAGACGCUGGUCGUGGACGUGCUCGGCGCCGGCGUCCGUGUGGGCGUUAAGGUGCCGGCCAUGCACGUGUUCCUGAACCCCGAGGCGCAUGCGAAACAGGUCGGGAGAGACGACGUCAAGAGGGCACUGACGGAGCUAAUGGAUGAGGGGUCGGGAAUACGGGCGAGGGCAAAGGAGCUCGCGACGAUGGCAAGGGAGGCCAUGGCGGAGGGCGGGUCGGCGGACCGCGAUCUGGCGGGUAUGGCUCGCCACGUCGGGGAGCUCGCGCAGAGGAAGGAGCAGGGGCGUGCCCGAGCUUGGAAGCGAGAAGCAAAUUAACGGAUGGCCAAGGCAAACUUCCCGUGGGAGUAUAUAGCAUC